GGGCUAGGGCCGGGACUGGGGCAGCUGUUGCGGGCCGUCCUGAGCCGGCUGAGCCUCGCCCGGCGGGACACGGUGGAGGCGGCGGCGCUGGUGAACGAGCUGGCUGCGCGGCUGGUGCAGGCGGUGAAGCGCGACAGCAGUUUCCGCGAGGUGGAGAAGCUCGGGACCGGCAGCUACUACGAGCACCUCAAGAUUUCUGAACCAAAUGAGUUUGAUAUCAUGCUUAAGGUGCCAAUUCCAAGAGUACAGCUGGAUGAAUGUGAUGCCACUGGUGCCUUUCAUUACGUGUCUUUUAAAAGACAUCCUCAGAGACACCUGGACAAAUUUUUAGAAGAUGAUGGAAAAUUAUCAGCAAAUGCCAUGCUUUUAUUGGUGAGGAAUAUUAUUAAAAAAGAAGUAAAGAACAUAACAAACAUGACUGUGACUGUGAAGAAAAAAAAACCUGGAAGCCCUGCAGUAACACUUCUUAUUGAGAAACCUCAAGCACAAAUAUCAGUGGAUAUAAUCUUGGCUUUGGAGUAUCGAAGUCAGAGCUGGCCCAGAUCUACAGAGCAUGGCUUAAACAUUGACCAGUGGCUUGGGAAAAAAGUCAAACAGGCCUUUAAACAGAACCCACUAUACCUAGUACCCAAACAUGCCAAAAAUGAAAGGGUGAUAAAAGCAAGCACCUGGCGGCUCUCUUUUUCACAUAUUGAAAAGGACAUUAUAAAGAAUCAUGGGAACACAAAAACUUGCUGUGAAUAUGGUGAAGUAAAAUGUUGUAGGAAAGAGUGUCUUAAACUUCUGAAGCAUCUUCUGGAACAGCUUAAAGCAAAGUACAAAAGCAGAAGAGAGCUGGAUAAAUUCUGUUCCUAUCAUGCCAAAACUGCCUUCUUCCACAUGUGCGCUCGCUGGCCAGAAGACAAGGACUGGCAGUCUAAAGAUCUUGAUCAUUGUUUUUAUGAAUUUGUGGAUUAUUUUCUGGAUUGUCUCCAAAAGUCAGACCUUCCUCACUUUUUUAUUCCUAAACACAACCUGUUCAGUCCUGACCUGGUUGAUACAGCAAGCACUAACUUCCUUUCAAGGGCAAUUAAAUAUGAAUUAAAUAAUAAUUUCCCAAUAUUUGAACUGGAGAACUAAAGAGGCCAUACCAUUUUUCUUAGGUUUUAAUUCAAAUUUUAUAAAUCUGAAUAUUUAAAAGGGGGUCAAUAAAUGACAUUUGUAUAUUUAAGUCUAUACUACUCAGGAGGGAAGGACUAUAAACAGAAGGGCAGGACAUCCUUCCAGGUACACUGAAAGCAUAGAUAAUAGCUAAUUUUACCCAUUCCAAACUCCUUCCUAUUAUUCUGCAUAUAAAGGCAUCAUCUGGUCACCCAGUCAGUAAAGCAAGAAUAUAAGGAUUCAGUUAUGGAAGUGACCAUAAAUGACUGGUGUCUCCUGAGACUGGGGGGGAGGAGGGGGGCACCAUUUGUAGUCAGCAGCAAACAGGCACCGCCCACA